CACCCCGUUGCCAGGGCGGCGCGCGGACUCAUCKGGGCGGGUGGCGGCCAUGAGCGGGGAACUGGACGUGCUCUGGGAGGACAGGGAUGUCCGUUUCGACAUCUCCGCGCAACAAAUGAAAAUGAGACCUGGAGAGGUCCUUAUAGACUGCUUAGAGUCUGUUGAAGAUACAAAAGGAAACAAUGGAGACAGAGGUAGACUGCUUGUGACAAAUUUGCGGAUCAUUUGGCGCUCACUGUCAUUGCCCAGAGUCAAUCUCUCUGUCGGUUACAACUGUGUUAUAAAUAUAACUACAAGAACUGCCAACUCAAAAUUACGAGGGCAGACAGAAGCUCUAUAUAUAUUGACUAAAUGUAACAAUACCAGGUUUGAGUUCAUAUUUACCAAUGUUGUUCCUGGGAGUCCCAGACUCUUCACUUCAGUUAUUGCCGUGCACAGGGCUUAUGAAACUUCUAAAAUGUAUCGUGAUCUGAAGCUGAGAAGUGCAUUGAUUCAAAACAAGCAACUGAGAUUGUUACCACAAGAACAAAUAUAUGAUAAAGUCAAUGGAGUUUGGAAUUUAUCAAGUGACCAGGGAAAUUUGGGAACAUUYUUUAUUACUAAUGUGAGAAUAGUUUGGCAUGCAAAUAUGAACGACAGCUUUAAUGUCAGCAUACCAUAUCUACAAAUCCGUUCAAUAAAAAUGAGAGACUCAAAAUUUGGCUUGGCACUUGUGAUAGAGAGUUCUCAGCAGAGUGGAGGAUAUGUACUUGGUUUUAAAAUAGACCCUGUAGAGAAACUACAGGAGGCAGUGAAAGAGAUUCAUUCACUUCACAAAGUUUAUUCAGCUAACCCUAUAUUUGGAGUGGAUUAUGAAAUGGAAGAAAAGCCUCAACCUCUUGAAGACCUAACAGUGGAGCAAGCUCCAGAUGAUGUGGAAAUAGAAUCUGAUGAACAUACAGAUGCUUUUGUGGCUUACUUUGCUGAUGAAAAUAAGCAACAUGAUCGGGAGCCUGUUUUUUCCGAAGAACUGGGACUUGCAAUAGAGAAGCUAAAGGAUGGAUUCACACUGCAGGGACUCUGGGAAGUAAUGACCUGAUUUAAAUUGGCACGUGUUUGUUUCCUAAGCAGGAAAAACUCUCAGUUCUUGCUGUACUUCAGAGAGCUGUAGAAGAUAAUUUAGAAAUAUCAGAGUAGCAGAGAAAGAACAAGCCAAAGCUAAAGAGCAGGCAAAUAUUAUAUAAUAARUCCUCAGGCUAUGUCAUAAAAGAAAGAUUAUUCAAAAUCCUUGUAUGCUUAAAUGUUUUGCAGUUAUUGUGCUGCUUCUCUAAGCAGUGACAAAACAGCCACUCCCUGAGGCAGGCAGGCCGGGGCCCAGCUGCUGGAGGCAGCGCUGCCCCCUGCGGGCUGCCCUCGGUCACGGCUGCAAGGACCUGCGAAUUCCCUCUGCCUGUCUGACAGUGGCACCUGGCAGUGCCUCUGCACAACGGGCAUGGCACUGCCAUUUGACACACUUGUGUAACCUGGUGUUUUCGGAUUGUUUGGUUUCCUGACAGUCCCCUGACAACACAGCUAUGGCAGGUAGCCACCAUUUUUUUACAACUUCAUGGCUCCUGUGUUUAUGAUUUGCCCUUUGAUUGGCACCUCUUGCUAUUUUACACAGAAAUAUGGCAGAAAAGGAAGCCUUGUUUUCUGCACAUGGAGACCACUGUUUGAGACAGGGCAGUGUGAGGUAUCCACUUUGAUGCUCAGUUUCAAGUAUUCAUGUAUUUAUACAGAGUGAUGUACUUUCCCAUAAUUAUUAUGUUUGAAUUAAAUUUCUAUAACUUGUGUUAAUGAUUUUCAACACAGAAAUACCAUAAUACACAGAACAUUUUGUAUGUAGGCAUAUUGGCUAUGUUAUUGACAGCUUUAAGAAAAAGCAAUUCUGUUUCAAAUAAUAGUUUUCAUGUCUCAUAAUUUUGCUAAAUGUUCUGCACAUAUCAUUCCAAGUAUUUAAGAGUAAUCCAGAUAUCCUCAUGCAGUUGUUGUUUGCUUGUUUGUUUUUGCUAGAGCGCUUUUUUAAGCAAUGAUCUAGAAAAAAGUGCACAUGCAAAUAGCUUCUGUGUGUGAGUCAUUAGACCUUUUAUGAUGUUAUGUGUUACAGAGAAAUGAGUCAUUUAUUGUUUAAAAGGAAGACACAGCUGUUACGUUUACUACUGAGAUAAAACCUCUGUGCUGGUUUCUAUAAAUGGAAAAAGUCAAAUGAGCUCUGCUCUCAGCUGUUGUUUCAGCAGCUGACUGUUAAAGUAACUGUGGUGUGAAUGUAAUACUGGUGUUUGUAGAAAAUCUUCCAAGGUAUAUAUUUUAAUGGAAAAGUACCUGUAUUGAAAAGUGGUCAUUAUUUCAAUAAAA